UAUAAACCUCAUAAACCUCCCCUAAUUUUGAUAAUCAAACCCCAUUAACCCCUCCAAACACUUACGUACGAAUUCACCGAAAUCAAUACAAUAUGUGCGCUAAUCAAGAAAGGCAGCCGUUCAUUGGCGGUAACUCGUCGACUGGAACGGCGGUACACGACGGCGGGUGCGAAGAAGAGGCGGCGGCUUCUCCGUCCGGGUGCGGCUGUUCGACUCCGUUCUCCGGACAGCCGUGGUGCCGGAGACAGGCGGCGGAGAUGAUGAGGGAGCCGCCGCAGCUUUUGGCGAGGAAAAAGUGGAGUGAUUUGUUGAGGAAAGUGGGAAGAGCUUUCCCUCCGGCGGCGAAGCGUGAUCAGAAGGCCCAGUUCAUAUACGACGCGCGGAGCUAUGCUCUGAAUUUCGAUGACUGCGCGGCGGCGGAAGAAGAUGGGCUUUUGCGUAAUUUCUCGUCCAGGUUUGCCGCCCCUGCAGCCGGUCAACAAAGGAAGGCGGGAUUGUGAUAGCGCCAGAAUUUGUCGCUCCGGCUGAAGAUGCUCGUGAUUAUUUAUUUUUAAUUUGAUUUGUUUUUCUUCGUCGUAAGGCGGUAUUGAAUCGAUUAAUUUCUCCUUUCAAAAAGAAAAUAUUAAUUCAUUCGUUAGUGACAUGAUUCGUCUUUUGGGUUAAAUAAUACUACGGUAGUAAUCCACAGCGGGAUAUUAAAAUUUUGGACGGAACAAAGUUAAGCAUUCAGUGGAUAUUAUGGUUUAUGAUCACGUUUGCGACGAAUCUGUUUUCCGCAAAAUAUCAUUUGCGGCGAUGCCAAUAACGGCUGUCAUGCGGCCACUUUUUUCCGUCGCAAUUAAUGAUUAGCGAUCAAUUUUUAGGUUUUUACUAUACACCUUGUUUUCCCUUCUCAAACAAGGCAUUUUCUUGGAAUGUUUGGUUGAAAUGUAAAAAUUGUGAUUGCGAUUUGAUUAUAAUUAAUAAACGAAAUGUUGUA